AUGUCGCGCAUUGUACAGGAUUCUGAUGAGGAGUCGGACGGCGAUCUCGAGGGCGACCUCCCGCCGCCCAAACAAGCAGACGCGUCCGGACAGCCACUCAGCAAUGACACCCACGGCACGGGAUCCACCGAAUCUCUGAAGCGAGCCAUUGAGAAGGCGCACCGGAACCAUCUCCAGUCACAGCCGAGCCAGGAAGAGCCUCAGUCAUCAGUGUCAUUGCCUGAACAUCCGAACAAGAAGAGAAAGACCACAGCUAAUCCAAGUCCGCUCAAACCAUUCAAUGAUGUGUCUGCUAAGAAAGGACCCGUCACGUAUGGGAAGGCACCGAAAUCCAUCUUCGGUAGUUCACCAUCAUUCAACGCUCCACCUGUGGGCCGAGCAGACGUGACCCUCGAAUCAACCCAAGAAGUACCAUGGCUCCCAGAAGGUACUAUGCGUGACAACUACGCCCUUCACGAACCGGCCAUGUUCCCUGAGCCUUCUAGUACCGUUCCCAACGCUACUAUGACCCAGCAACACAUCCUCGAUGUUGUCAAUGCACCACUCACGAUAGGACAAGAGAUCGACAGUGAACAACCUCGUUACAUACCUCCACCAGAGCCGUCAAUACCCUGGUCAGAUCUUAUGAAGUUCACGCCGGCAGAGGCUACGGAGCAGACCGAAUCAUCUGAUCGUGACCCGCCUUCCAAUGAUCCUCCCUUAGCCACGCCAGUCCGGACGUCACAGGGAGGCUAUGAGUAUAGCGCAUCCCAACGAAGCAGGCGCGGCUCUGGUGGUCCUUUGAAAGGCAGCCCUUUGAGGAACGAACUUUCCCGUAUUGGAGCCGGUGACGCCGGCCGAAAGACGACACCUGUUGAAGACAGCUCUGCCGAUAUCUGGGAUAUACCAUCAACUGCACCACAGAAGACUCCGCGCGGUGGGCGCAAGGAAGUCAAGACGACACCUCGUCGUUCAAAAUCCGCACAAGUGCCUGUCGCCAGCUCCGAUGACGAUCUUGCGACUAUUGGCCUGCCAAAGGAGCAAUACAAACCACGGCCUAGCCGCUCGAGAUCGCUCAGGGUCGAAGAGGAGCAGCCCAUCGACUAUUCUGUCCGCCCCGAGAAGGCCAAAAAGGUCAGCAAACGACGACAGACGACGGCUACAGCCGAUGCCAGCAACCCUACAACACCUGAAAAGGUCCGGCAGAUUUGCGACAUGGGAUUCACACCUUCAACGACUUCUGGCGCCCUCAAGCAAAACAACGGUGACGUCAUACAGACCAUCGACUGGCUAGUCACUAACAAUGUUGGCCACGACGAGCUUGCACCACCAAGUCCACCCAAAACCAAGCCGGUCAUGAACAAGAGCGACGAAACUCCGGCGAUGGACUCUGAGGCAAUCCAAGAUAUUAUGCGCAGUUUAGAUCAGUAUCAACGGGAUGAUACGCAGGCCGUUGCGCGAGACAUGGUCCAUGUUGCGGUGGCGAAUGAUGCCGCCCUACCAGAGCCUAUCGACCUCACAGAAACUCCAACUUCCGAUUUGCGCUCGCCUACGAAAGUUCAGGUAGUGAUACCUAAGAAGUCACCACUUGCCGUUUCGAAGCAGCCUCCAAGCUCUGUCACUGCUUCGAACAAGAAAGCAAAGCGCAGGAAAACACUAUCAGAUCAAGCCGAGAACGAACCUGCCGAGACAACCUCUGUUGUGCCUGAGGUCGCGCCCGCGAAGAAGAAGGCGCGUGGUCGGCCCAAGAAGGUCGCGCCUGUUCCUCCGCCCGUAGAGCCUGACCCAGGACCGAUGGAACGAGCCGUGGCGGUAGAACAUCAAGAAGAAGUUGUACAAACGACCGAGCCCGGGCCUAUUUCAGAAGAGAUAGAGCAAGACUCUAAACUCACACGCAAUGAUACCGAUGACCGGAAAUCGCCAGACGCUACGGAUACCACGACUGCCAGCCAUUCAAAACCACCAGCGAAACCCUCUCCAGCUGCGGCGUCAGAGACUCCAGAACGAAAAAUAAAGCCUACAAGUGCAUCGCCAGCGAACACGGGCAAGGUGCCAUAUCGUGUCGGACUGAGCAAACGAGCGAGGAUCGCUCCUCUCUUACGCAUUGUGAAGAAAUGA